AUGGCAAAGAUUCUCAACCAUCCAAGAGUGUAUGCUUUUCUGCACAUACCAGUCCAGUCUGCAUCUGACAGCGUGCUCAUGGACAUGAAAAGAGAAUACUGUGUGGCAGACUUCAAACAAGUAGUGGAUUUCCUUAAAGAAAAAGUGCCUGGAAUAACCAUUGCUACAGACAUCAUCUGUGGUUUUCCCGGGGAGACGGAUGAAGAUUUUCAAGAAACGAUGAAGCUUGUAGACCAGUACAGGUUUCCCAGCUUAUUCAUUAAUCAAUUUUAUCCACGCCCAGGAACCCCUGCUGCAAAAAUGCAUCAAGUUCCAGCUGCGGUGAAAAAACAAAGAACAAAGGACCUGUCCCAGCUAUUUCAUUCGUACAAUCCAUAUGAUCACAAGAUUAUUUUCUAUCAAUAUAAAAAGAAGGUAAAGAGCUUUUAUGAUGGUUUUGUGAAAGUGUUGGUGAUGCAGGAUCCUGGUGCAAAUGACUCAAAUCACUUUGAUUUGAGCAUUAUUCAUUGA